AUUUCUCGUACUUCCGGGUUUGGGCAGUCCACGCUGCAUUCGCGUCCUUUUCUGCUGCAGGAACUCUGGAAACUUGCAUCAGCCACUUCAUAAAUACCCCUCAAGGCACAAGGAUGGGCACAAUUUGCAGUUAAUUGGGCAUCUGAGAUUUUUAGGACUCCUCAAGAAGAAGAUCUUCAGUUACCGGGACUUUUUUUCUGAUUCUGCGCUGACCGGCGUUUUCAGCAGCGGCUCGUCUGAGUGGAGGUUUAAAAGUCCUGCUACUAGUUUGACAUCGAUGUGCGUGAUUGUCCCGGUAUUCUCACGUCUCAAGCCUCUUUUCAAACCUCCUUUGUUUCUGACCAAAGAUGUCUAACUUGCUGCUUGGAGUCAUACGAAGACAUGGAGCUGUCGGGGCGAGUGUUGGGGUUCGCUCUCUGGCUUCCAUACCCUCGUUACCCCCAGCGGUGGCGGAGUUUGUCAAGGGAGCCGUGGACGAGUGUAAACCUGCGGGUGUGCAUGUGGUGACGGGGACGCCGGAGGAGACCGCCAAGAUCCUCGCCGGUUUGGAGAAGGAAGGGAUGGUCAAGAAGCUUCCUAAAUAUGAGAACUGCUGGUUGGCACGGACAGACCCCAAGGACGUGGCUCGGGUGGAGAGCAAGACAGUGAUCGUGACCAAAAAUCAGAGAGACACAAUCCCCAUCCCUGCUGCGGGGGCCAAGAGCCAGCUGGGCAGCUGGAUGAGUGAGUCCGACUGGCAGAAAGCCAGAGAGGAGCGUUUCCCCGGCUGUAUGACAGGUCGCACCAUGUACGUGAUUCCGUUUAGUAUGGGCCCAGUUGGCUCUAAUCUGGCUAAAUAUGGCGUUCAGGUGACCGACUCGCCGUAUGUCGUGGCCAGCAUGGGCAUCAUGACACGGAUGGGAACGCCUGUUCUGAACAAGCUAUCAGAAGGAGAGGAGUUUGUCCGUUGUCAACAUUCCCUGGGCCGGCCGCUUCCUCUCAAAGCUCCCGUGGUCAACUCCUGGCCCUGUAACCCAGAGAAGGUCCUAAUCUCACACCUGCCGGACACCAGACAGAUCCUGUCAUUUGGCAGCGGAUAUGGAGGAAACUCUCUCCUGGGAAAGAAGUGUUUUGCUCUCAGAAUUGCCUCACGAAUCGCGAAGGAUGAGGGCUGGCUGGCAGAGCACAUGCUGAUCCUUGGCAUCACCAACCCUCGAGGAGUCAAGCGCUAUGUUGCCGCAGCCUUCCCGAGCGCUUGUGGGAAAACCAACUUGGCCAUGAUGAAACCAGCUCUGCCAGGCUGGAAGGUCGAGUGUGUGGGAGACGACAUCGCAUGGAUGAAGUUCGACAGCCAGGGCAAACUGAGAGCCAUUAAUCCAGAGAAUGGCUUCUUCGGAGUCGCACCAGGAACUUCGGACAAGACCAACCCUUACGCCAUGGCCACCAUCGCUAAGAACACUGUGUUCACCAACGUGGGGGAGACUAGUGAUGGAGGAGUGUGGUGGGAGGGUCUUGACCCUGUUGCUCCUGGAAUCUCAGUUACAGACUGGCAUGGCAAGGCCUGGAAGCAAGGAAGCUCAACUCCAUGUGCCCAUCCCAACUCCCGCUUCUGUGCACCAGCAGCUCAGUGUCCGAUCAUCGACCCCAAGUGGGAGAGCGAGGAGGGAGUCCCUAUUGAUGCCAUUAUUUUCGGAGGCAGGAGGCCUGAAGGUGUCCCGCUGGUCUACGAGUCCUUCAACUGGCAGCAUGGAGUGUUUGUGGGAGCUGCCAUGAGGUCAGAGGCCACGGCUGCUGCUGAGCACAAAGGCAAGGUGAUCAUGCACGACCCGUUUGCAAUGCGGCCGUUCUUCGGCUACAACUUUGGUGACUACCUGGCUCACUGGCUGAGCAUGGAGAACCGUAAAUCCACCACCCACCUCCCCAAAAUCUUCCAUGUCAACUGGUUCAGAAAAGACCCGACAAGCGGGUCCUUCCUCUGGCCGGGCUUCGGCGAAAACGCCCGCGUGCUGGAGUGGAUCUUCAAGAGGUGCGGUCGGGAGAGGGAAGACGAGGCUGCCAAGAAGAGCAUUGUCGGCUGGCUGCCAGAAGAUGGCGCCAUCGACACCAAAGGUCUGGGUGGCAAGGUAGACAUGGGUGCUUUGUUCGAUGUGCCCAAGCCUUUCUGGCAGAAGGAGACGAAGGAGCUGAGGGCUUACUUCAGCCAGCAGGUCGGAGCAGACCUGCCGCCUCAGGUGGAGGCGGAGCUUAAGGCUCUGGAGGACAGGGUUCACAGUUAAAUCUUGUGGAGGGUGAAAUUGGAGCCGCAGCCAGAGCUUUCACACACAGCAAAGCUAUGUUGUAAUUUUACCUCGGUAUAAACUAAAUAUCGCUUGAUUUUUUUUUUUUUUUUUUUUUUUUUUU